AUGAAUGCUGAUGCCGGCGCACCCAGCCACGCCGCCCUCUUCACCGGCCAAGGCAUCCCGUCGGGCCAGCUAGCAGAGCUCCGACGGCUCGCGACAGUGGCCGUGAGCCAGGCGUUUCUCGCCGACCUCAGCUGCUUCCUCGUGACUGAGGUGGGCCGCCUCGACGCCGCACUCGCCGGUCGGCACCUGGCGCACGGCCUGGACAUCGCGACGUGGGCGAAGGAGCGGGCCUCGACGCCGGACCUCGACUACCUCAACUCGCCUCCGGUGGCGCUCGUGUUGACGCACGCGGUCCAGCUCGCCGCGUUUCGCUACUCCUGGCGGUGGCGUCCGGUGUCGGCGACAGACGGCACGGGCUUUCCCGGCGUGGCGGCAGCCUCCGGGCACAGUCAGGGCCUGGCGGCGGCCAUGGUUGUGGCGUGCAGCACGGACGAGGCGUCGUUUACCGCGCACUCCAAAUCCUUUGCCCGUGGACUGCUCUAUCUCGGCCUCGCUGUCUCCGAGGCUCUUUCUCUCGGCACGCCGUCUCCGCCGCCUCCCUCCUCGCCGCCGCCUCCCUCCUCGCCGCCGCCUCCCUCCUCGCCGCCGCCUCCCUCCUCGCCGCCGCCUCCCUCCUCGCCGCCGCCUCCCUCCUCGCCUCCGCCUCCGCCCUCCUCCUACGCCCUGGCGUUGACCAAGGUGGACGAGCGACGGGCGCGCGCCCUCGUGCAGGAGUAUGUCGCCUCGUCGGGAGAUCACGUCUCCCUGGUGGUCGCGAAUGGGAGCGAGGCCUUCCUGGUCGCCGGGGAUCCCUCCGCCCUGCGGCGGCUGCAGACGUGGCGUGCCGCCCGCCACGGCCGGCGACCCGGCUGCUUCCUGUCUCGGCACGAACCCACUGCAAGAGCCUCUCAAGGACACGCGCCGUACCACUGCGAGAGCCUCCUCUCCGGCGCGUGCGGGGCGGCGCUGUGCGCGCUGCGCUCGGCCGCCGGGCACGCCGCAGUUGGUAGCGACGCGUUGGCGCGGCCUCUCAUCUCGUGCGUCGACGGCGCGAACCUCGAAGGCUCGUCCGUCGCUUGCCUCCACGAGUACCUCCUGCGCUCGCUCGCCAUGUGGCCUGUGGACUGGCCAGCCGCCGUGCGGGGCCUCCUCCGCUGCGCGCCUUGCGUGCGCCGCUGCGUUGACUACGGGCCGGGCGGCGGGGCCGGCGCGGCUAAGAUGAGCCGGCAGGCCGCGGCCGAGGAGGAGGGCGUUACUUUUGAGUACUACACGCAGCUGGUGCGACCAGGCCCGCUGCCGCAGUCCUGGCUUGCUUGGCUCAAGCUGGAGGAGGAGAGAGAGGGAGGGGGUCCGUGCGUCGUCGACGCGCCGUCCUGA